UCCCCACUUUGCCUGAGUCCAUUUCAGAUGAGCGCGAGGCCAGAAAAGCCAACCGGCGGUGUUUCUGGGUGUUUUUUAGACACUCACUUUCCAAGCUGCCUGAGGGAUCGAAGGUCACGGGCAUUCAACGUUGGUGUGCCGCUUACAGCGUGGGAAUUUCAUCUGCGGGAAUGGCGUGCCCGGUGCGGGUGUCUCCCGUGGACGCGGCGCACGUGCGGACCCGCUAGCGCACAAGUCGCCGACAUGCGGCUGUUGGGCUGGAGCGUGCUGUGGGCUCUGGCUGCCGCCCUGCGAGCCCAGAACGACACGGAGCCCAUCGUGCUGGAGGGCAAGUGUCUGGUGGUCUGCGACUCCAACCCGGCCGCCGACUGGCGGGCGUCUAACUCGCCGCUCGGCAUCUCGGUGCGCGCCGCCAACUCCAAGGUGGCUUUCUCGGCGGUGCGGAGCAACAACCACGAACCCUCCGAGAUGAGCAACAAGACCAGGAUCAUCUACUUCGACCAGGUUCUCGUAAAUAUUGGAAAUUUCUUCACAUUUGAGUCCGUCUUUUUGUCCCCGAGAAAAGGAGUCUACAGUUUUAACUUCCAUGUCAUUAAAGUGUACCAGAGUCAGACCAUACAGGUGAACUUAAUGUUAAAUGGGAGGCCGGUCAUCUCAGCCUUCGCGGGGGACAAGGAUGUAACCCGGGAGGCUGCCACAAAUGGAGUUCUGCUCUAUCUGGAAAAGGAGGACAAAGUCUACCUGAAACUGGAGAAGGGCAACCUGGUCGGAGGAUGGCAGUACUCGACAUUUUCUGGCUUUCUCGUCUUUCCGCUGUGAAAAUUAAGCCCCUUCGUCAUGUGUCAUCGCCGUAUUAAACAAAACAUGACUGCCAAAGCAGCAUCCCAAAACAGGUUUUUGAUGAUGCUCUGUUUCGCGUGGUCUCAUCAAUAAGCUUCCCCCAGAAAGAAGCCUUCCACAUCCUGAAGCACUUUGUUGUCAUGACAACUGUUGCAUUUAGGUGUAUCCGCCUUUUUUGUUGACUUUUCAUUUGUCGCCAAACCCAUUUGAUAUGGUAUUUGCUUUCAGUGUAACAAACCUUGCAAACAAGCCCGACGAAGAAAAAAAAAAAAAAAACACAUACUGUAUGUUCACUUUAUGACAACCUUGGCAAGAGCCUUUCAUUUUUUAUCUACAGUAUAUAAAUGAAUGUCUGUUGUGUCCUCUGUUCUUUGACACGGCGUGUCUGGAGCGAUGAAAAAAAAAAGGCCUUCUCUGGUGACGAGAAAUGUUGUAUUAAAUCACAGACUUUGGAACCUCUCAAGUGGAAUGACCCCUGAGGCGGUGCACUUCGGAAUCGGAGUCAAGAUACGGCUCGAAUCUCGUGAGUUUCAGCCACCUUCAGUGGGAACUGAUUUGCAAAAAGUGAUUAGAGUUGUUAAAAGCGCUGGACAUUUCUUAGUCUGUCUGGUGUGGUCAUUAAUAUAAUAGGUGGCACGCCGCAGUCACUCGCUUUUGACGAGCGCUCGCAAAUCAUGCUCAGUCGAGCAUGAAAAAUCACACGCGUAAAAUUUGUUACGAUUAGAAAAUAUACUGAAAGAUGUUGCUUAUUUUGUGUAGUCUUGACAUUAAUUUACGUGUUAAUUCAUAAAUGUUGGUAACAAAACAAGCCUGCUCCUAAACAAUCAGUAUUCACCCGGAAACAAAGUCAACUGUACCGAGCAUGUACGGAAGUGAUGCCAAAAGCGCAUGUUCCGAGCUGCUUCACGUAUUGUGAGUGCAUUUACGUCGAAAGUCAUCAACAUAAUGAUCAUGUCAAAGGAAAUUCAGUUACACCAGGGACGCUCAAUGCGUUGAUCGCGAGGCAGUGUGAUGGCGUGUCCCCCCAAAAAAUUGUUAGACUAUCAUCCACCUCGUCACUUGAUUCAGGUGUGGCCAAUAUGUCGAGCGCACGCACAUAACGGCGCCUUCUAGCAAGCCGGCCUCCUAUUUAUGGCAGUCGCAGUGACGCGUGCACCCGCCCCAAGCCAACCCCACUAGCUUGCUAGUGUGGCUAGCUUGUUGCCACUAACGCUGAUUAUGUUGAACUAAACUUUCAGCAUUUUCAAAACAUUGCGGGUAUAGACAGUUCGUGUUUAUUCCUUGACAGGCCAGUGCAUUUAACUUUUCUUCAGAUCAAGUUUGUCAGAUGAAGAAUUUUUAUUGAGGAACAAUUUGUACCCUUUUCUAUGUAUCUACUAAUUUCCAUUUGAAAUUGGAAAUGAUCAUUUCUGAGUUUAAAUUUUAUUUUAUUUUAUUUUUAAUUUACAGUUAUGUUAUAUUAAUCCAGUAAAGUUAUUUUAAGGUUUUGCGAUUCCAUCCCUAAUCACAACCGCAACCUUAUAUGCGGGCAUGACUGACCACACCUGUACAUUUUUCAAAUGUGAGUGACUGACGCCGGACGGCAUCUGCUUAUGGCGCUGCGCAACUACGAAACUGCGCACUGUUUGCAAGCUGGAAAUGUCGUAUGUUGGACUCAGGACCGUCAAGAACCAAGGAGCCCCUGUAUACGGGAAGUUCAGUGGAGCAGGCACAAGCCGGAAUCACAGUUAAACCAGUAACGCUCGAUUGUCACCAUACACAAUGCCACUAGUUCGCAAAGUUAAGACACUUGUGUUUCUUUUAGCUUUCAGUAUUAAUAACUUCAUUUUGCACUUGUAUGACAAUUAAGAAUGUGAAAAAAAGUGACAUGAGGCAGGUCAGGAAAGCACCCUUCAUCAUUAAACUUGUUUUAUUUAUUUUCACGUGUUAUCAUUAAUCGUGGCCGGCAUUUCUUUCCACUUGCAUGACAGUCGAGAUUGUUUUAAAAGAUUGCAUGUACAGUCA